AUGCGCAACAACGUCUCCACCAAUCUCGCCAUGUCCGGGUUGCCCUGGAUUCCUGAGGAUGUGCCGUGCCCUCAGGGCGUCGGGCAGAGAACGAUGGCAGGCUUGUGGGGCGGUGCGGAGCUCAUUCCGUGGUUCGGCGCAGAUGAGGAAGAGGAGGACGAGCUGGCGUGGCUGCAAGGAGAGGCCGUGGCUGAGGAGGACGAGGGGGAAGGAGGGGAUGGGGAUGGGGCGGAGGGAAACGAUGAUGCGGAUGGCGAGGGAGGGGUAGACGGGGCAGUAGGCUCUGAGGAGAGCUCCGAAGAGGAAGAUGGUCAGGACCAGACAGACGAGACAGACGAGGAGGACGAGGAUGAGGACGAGGAUGAGAACGAGGACGAGGACGAAACAGAUGACGUCGAAGAGGCAACCGCCAUCGCCUCCGAGGCCUACUUCACCGUCCCUGGACCUCGUCCAGGCAACUCUGCGCUCACGAGCGCUCCCCUUAACGGUGUCGUGGUCCGGCGGUCGACCCGGAUACAGGCGCAAGGGGUCGCGUCGUCGUCGACGGCUCCGCCACCCAGCCAAGGCCCCAUCCCAAGGCCGGGGAGAGGCCAAGCAGCAAGUGGGCGGGGGGAGCCGGCAGUCGUACCAACGGCUGCGUUGUCGGCGAAGGCUCGAGGCAAGCAGCCUCAGACACGGGCCCGCCCCGCCGGAAAGGAAAACCAGGUCGGCACGGCCUACCACGCGGGCGACAGCAACGGAAGCGAGGAGUACGUCGUCUGUCCCUCUGCCUCCGCUGGUUGUGGCAAGAGGCGUCGGGAACCCGAAGAAGACGACGAUGUCGACGGCGACGAUGACGACGACGACGAUUACACCGCCCGUGCACCUUCCGCGAAGCGCAAGAGGUUGCCGGGUGGCUCCUCAGUGAACGUCGACGCACCGAAGAAGUCCAAGCGGCCGCGUGUCCCUGUCGACGUCCUCGACCGUCUCUGCACGGUCAUGCCCGACGCACCGUGCCCGUGGCCGACGUGCACCAAGAAGUUCCAACUGGUGCAGACGGGCAAGGGCGAGGGCGGGGAUGCGGGCGCUGCCCGGCCGAAGUGCAACGUUACGGAGCACUUCAGGGAGCACGUCGAAGAUGGCCACAUCUUCAACACGAACGGAGCGAUCGUGUGCCCCGCUUGCGGCAAGACGGACAAGGGAAACACGUUCGUUCGGCACGUGAAGGCAGCUCACUGGCAUGCGAGGUGGGGGUGCUUGCUCACCCUGCACGGCCUGGAGUGCUCGUGGCAGGGGACCAGGGCCGGCGAUGUGUCCCAACAUGUCGAGCGCACACACCGUGGACACCUUGACCUGCUUCCCCCCCUUCCUACGUAG